AUGGCGGCGAAAGGAGGAGGCGGAGCGCUGCCCGCCGGGAUGUCGCCUCCAAGGCCCCCGGCUGCGGGCUGCCCGCUGCAGCGCCCGAGCGCAAAAACUACGAGCUGGCCAGGCAGUCCUCGCGAGGCCCCCGGGCACAGCGGUCGCCAUGGAGACGGGGUCGCGGGGAGCGCCGCGGCGGUGACAGGGGCGGCGGGGGUGAGGAGCAAGAGCACACACACUAAAGAAAUGGAGAAACUCAGUCGGCUGGAAGCUCUGCUGCUUACUGCUGUGCUGGAGAACUGUGCUGAUCAGCUCGCAAUCCUUGGCUACAUCAUGCCAGUUUCACACGAGGGCAAGACAGACACCAGCCAUAUCGACAGCCAGAAAACGAAAGAAAUCACAGACACCCAGAAUGUGCUGGACAUUAAGUAUCAAGAGCUCAGCUCUGCAAGGCAGGGGAGGGGGGAAACUGUUACCUCCAAGUCUUGGAAAAGCACUGAAUGCAAGCAGCAGCUGGCGAACUCUGAGAAUCCAAAAAGAGCCCAUCAUAUUUCCACAAGGGCCAUGAAACCCAGUGCUCUGUCUGCAGAUGAUCUCAGAAAAAUUCAGGCUGACAGGCAGCAUGUGAGUGAUGUAAUUACAGCCACUGUGAAGAAGAUGGAGGAAUCAGGAACGUUUGAUAGCCUAAUAGAAGCUAAUGGGAGAGAGAAGGCAAAGAAAAGCAACUUGAAUGACAUCCUCAUCAGGGAGGAAGAAGGAAAGAAAGAGAUAAAGUCACUCCAGAAACAGCUGCAAGAUGUCAAGAAAGAAACUGAAAUAGAACUUCAGAACCGAGAUAAAGUGAUUCUCUACCUCAAACAUGAGCUUCAACAGAUGGAAGCCAAAGCAGCCAUGGAGGACCGGUACAUGAAGAGAAGUACAGACCUCCAGGUGCACCAAAUCCAGAAGAAGUGCAGCAAUGCAGAGAACAGACUGAAGAAGGAAAUUGAGGAUUUGAAGAGGAAAACUGACGAGGAGAUCCGAGUGCACAUGGAGAUUGAAAAUUUCCUCAGGCAUUACCACAAGAAGGUGGAAGAGAAGCUGGAAUACUGGGUGGACAAGCAUGAAAAUGACACAGACGCUAAAGAUAAAGAACUCAACGCCCUGAAAGAAUCAAAGGCAAAGAACCUGGAAAUGCUGCAGAGAUUUGCCAGCGAGUGCUGGACGUUUGAGGAAACCAUCAUCGCUGACCGGGCACAAAAAGAGGCUGAAAGACGAAAACGAGAGCAGGAUGCCCUGGAGCUGAAGAGCAUCCUGAAGCUGCAGUCCUGGUGGAGAGGCACAAUGGUGCGCAGAAACCUCGGCCCCUAUCAGAACCUCCGGAAGGCUCAGGAGAAGAAUCUGUCAAAUGAGAAAGGCAAAAAGGAAAAACCUGGAGCAAAGAAAAAGACGCGCUAAGAAACGUGGCCACAGAUAUACUCCAGGGCUCCUACUGGGUAAGGCACUGCUGUGUCCAGCAGCACUAAAUAAACCAUGGAAUAGAACUCAGGCUGAACAGAGUUCAUGAUGCACAGUUAAGGUGAAACUCCUGUAACUUAAGACCCUGAAUGAUCUUUGUACAGCAAAAACACCGUUUCCUCAGUAGAAACGGAAACUGCGUUAAAGCAAUGAGAAACACGAUAUCCUCUGAAGUAUUUUAUACAGCUCAUGAGUAAUUCUGCUAACGGCUCAGUAACUCACCAGCAUGAGAUGCUCUGCCUUGAGAACCUCCUCCGCAGUCCCCCAAAGCACGGUGUUGGCUGAAGCAAUGGGGUUUGCUGUGGCUCCGGCGGCUCAGAGCGGGGCAGGAAGCCAGGUCACCCACAUCUGGGCUCAGGCAGUGCUCACCCCGGUGUCAGUGGCAGCGUAGGUCGAGCCAGGGGAAAAAUGCUGAAGGUUUGCAGUGUAAACACGAGGGCAGUCAAAGCACUCAGGUUUCCAUUCCCACAGUACUGCAGAGUGUCAGCACAUAGACAGAAUAGCUCUACAUGCCCUCCUACAGAGGGAAGCAGCCAUGGAAAAAGACAGCUGAUGUGCCACAGCCGUACCCACCAUCCUGUCUGCAGCACCCGUGCGGGGAGACCAGGCAGCAGGCAGGGUGCAACGCCCUGCUUCAUUUAACUGCAAGGGCAGCCCUUUCUCUGACGCUGCUGCAGCCACAUACAGCGCGCAAAGCAAAAUCAGCCCUGGGGCUGAGCUGGCUGGUUUCUAACAAUCUUACAGAGAAGAGAGCUCAAACCAUACAAGCCAAGCUGCGCUUUUUGUGACCAUCCUCUGCUGGCCCUAUCCAAACAUCCUCGUGUCCAGGCUAAGCUGUGCCAAAAGCUCUGAAGUUCAAGUAGGAUGACUGAGAUCACGAGCAAAGAGCCUUUGGCUCAAGACUCUGCCUGAAGGGAAGGAAGGCAGGCACCAGCCCCUGGCUGCUGGGCUGAGCUGACUGUCAAGGGAGUGCUGACAUUUCAGGUGCUUUAGACAAACUCUUAGUUGAAGUAUAGAUAUUACUACUGGAGCACUGCUGGUUAAACCAGAAUGCACGCCUAUUCCUGGUACUUUCAGCUAAGGAAAAAGUACAGAAUGGAAGGAUGGUCUCUCUCUGCUUUAUGCUAAGUUCUAGGCACGCUUCAGUAAUGCAAUCAAACAGCUGAAAUCUGAAGCACGACAUGGGCUUGUGUCUUCACCAGCUGUUCAGCAAACAAAAUAUAAAGUAAAUCAUAAAAUCAACCUCAGCCUCUGCCUGGCUCCCCUGCAGCCCAGUUCCCCAUGUCAGGGUGACACAGCACCUCUCGGGGUUCAUUAAGGGGCCAGAGCUGCUGUGAAUGAGGCAGUAGGAAGUUAAACUGCACCAAAUCAUAAAUAAUUCAGAACUUCCAUUUCAUUGCUUAAUGUCUCAAACAGAAAACAAACACCCAAACCCACAAACUGCAUGGACACAGCAAAGCUUGCUUCCAAAAUCAGCAAGCUCUAUGCCUGUAUGUAACGAGGAGGGGGUAUUUCUUCUUCAAAAACAAUUUAAAACUAUUCAAAGCAACAGUAGAGCCACGUUUGUUAUUCCAGUGUUGAGGGCUGCUGAAAACCUCGAGUCUGGCCACUAGGUGCUACAGGCCUGUCAGGUGGGCAGUUUUUCAACCCUCCCCAGCCCACAUGGACUCACACCCUCCAGGAACAGCACACCCACUCUUGCCUGAGCUCUGUUCAUGCUGCCAUCCAUUCAGCUCCUCCGGGCUUCUCCGCUAUAUUUGCUGCCUCAGUCACUGCUCUCUUGUGAGUCUCACGGGGUCGGUGAGGAAUCAGAGCUGACUGCAGUUCUGUGGCCACAUGGCUGCUGAACGGACAGUGAGCGCACACAGCCCGCGUGCAGCACGGCUACGAACUGUAGAGCGAACCCAAGGCAGGAUGAGGUGAGGAGGUGGAAGGUGAAUACACAGCUGGCACAGAGGAUGGGACAUCCAUUCACACAACAAGAACGGCAGGCAGAACAGUUCAUGUAAGUCUUACAACUUUAUUUCAAAUUACCCACGGUUUCCUUUUAUAUUAUUAUUGUGCUGGAAGUUCACACUACUGGCAGAAUACAGGCAAUUUAAAAUAAAGUGUACAAUAUCCAAACAUAUUUAUAUUUAACAGACAUAGAAAUUAUGGAAUGUAUUUACAGACGUACAGCAUGGGAUGAAGCCUUAAAAUCCUUUAUUAAUUACACGUUUACACUGCUUUCAGAAAUAACAAAAUUAGAUUGCUUUGUAAAACAUCACGGUAUCUACACAAAAGGAUUUUUUAAUGUCUAAAUUCACUUUAGAAGACCUCUGUUCCUAAAACACUUUUUUUAUUUUUUGUUUUUUAGGUUUUUUUAGUUUUCCAAAGGAACAUUUACAGUUGUAAAAGGAUAACAGAACCAUUUGCCACUGCGUCACAGCUGAGAAUGGCAGACGAGUUCUCAGUGGUGUGAAAAGUUCUCUGUGGUUUAUUUCAGCCAGGCCACCCAAGUCCCCUCCUUCACGAGGGGAAGAAUCAGACCCCCGCUGUUCUGACCUCAUCACAUCAAUGCUGUGAGGGACUCCUCAGUGCCAGUGCCACUCCAUUUUGGGGGGGUAACAUUGCGGAGCCUCAAACUCAGUGCUCACCAUCGUUUGAGGAAGGAUGGUGACACGACAGAGCUGGUGGAUGAGCACCAGCAAAGCACAAAACGCCCCGAUGGAUUCCUCCCACAUCCUCCAACACGAAUGCCCCGGAAAGGAAAGGUAAUUGCCUCUUCACACAAAACAGAAUUUUAUACACAACAAAAAUUGCACAUAAACACACUAAAAAAUCCCAUUUAGUCUGCAAAACAGAACCGUUUUUUGGUAUAACACAUUAAAUAAACCGUACGAUGAAACUU